AUGCCUGCUAAAUUGUCGGGAGAUUUCCACAAAAUGUCUCUUCAACAUCAAAGAGCAGCGGAUGGACCGAGAAGUUCCUUCGAUAAGACGGCUUCUCGGAAAACGCCUUCGCCUAAUGAAGUCAUUGUUUCCGGAGCAGCGGGCCUGCGUUUUGCUCACUCUGAUUGCUUGCAUAACGACCGGGUUCUGUGGAUUUUUGUGUUGUUUAUGCGUUUUCUGCGAACGAUGCUGUGGAAAAGGAAGCGUCUUCAGUCAAUACAGGAGCUAUUUUUCAAAAAUGAAGAUGAAUGGGAUGAAAUCCUGCAACGCUUUCGUGAAGAAGGCCUGGACCCCAACCUCCCGGAUGAUCGCAAACUCCUGUAUGUGUGGAGGUGGUUGGUGGAUGCAGAGACCAACUGCAUCUCCCUGCGCCACCAACUGGAUAAGCUCAGCAGGAGGCAGGCUGAUGAAAUGGAGGAAAUUCGGAGUUGCAUGGAACAAAUGUGCAAUGCUUGGGAGGUUAAGGUAUCGAAACUCGAAGAAGAAAACAAAAGAUUCCAGGAACAGCUCAAUUUUAGUGGCCAAAAUUCCGGAAAAAUUGUUAGUCAAGAAAUCAAUCAAAUGCUUAUUGAAGAAGGACUUUCUGACAUCACCGAUCUUGGUGUUGUUGAGCAAUUUGCCUAUUUGCUUGACAUGAGGACUCGAUUGCAAACAAAACUAGAGCAGGAAUCUGCUCUACGUAGGAAAUGUGAACAACUGAUUCGCAUUUCUUCCAAUUUACCUGACUGUCUGAAACUGAGUUCUCCUUAUAUUCAAAGGAUAUUAGAUCGACAAAAGGAUGAAUAUGAGGAAGAAAUCAGACACCAGCAGGAAACGAUGAAGCAUGUGAAAGAGCAGUUGAAGCAGGUUCAUGAAGAUGAACUUCAGAGACUCACUGCUGAGAAUGACAAACUCAAUUCAGAGCUUAGCAAACUUAGUCAAAAGCUACAAGAGCUAGUUACAAAUAUUGCCAAACAUCAAGAAAAGGAUGUAACAAACUUGCCGUGGGUUCAACAUAUACUGGAUGGAAGCCAUGAGAAGGAAAUGAAAAAUCUUAAGGAAGAAGUAGAACGAUUAAAAAAUUAUUGUCAAGAUCAGCAGAAGCAGAUUCGCGAACAAUGUGAAACUAUGCGAAUACUGGAGAGAACAAAUAAGCAACUAGAAUUAGACAAUGAGACCUUGGCUUUCAAACUUUCUGAAUCUCUUGCUCAGUUUGAUGAGCUAGAAGACCAGCUCAGACGAGAAGCAACUAGAGUCAGAAGAGAAUCUCUAUAUAAUAAAAUUGCAUCCAAGGAAACAAAUGUCAAAAAUAUCAACAAAAUACUUGACAACAGGCCAAACACACAAGAUCCUGCAUUUGGAGAUCAAGUGAAGCAGCUGAAAGAGGAAUCGACAGCAUUGAAAGAGCAACUGGAAUCUGUUCAGCAGCAGCUGGAAAUAAUGUCCCUCAAGUAUCAGCAGCAUAAAGAGAGAUACAGAGAAAAAAUAUAUCGAUUGCGUGAUUUGCAGGAUCAGGAGCACCGUGAGUGGAAGGAGAGAUUUGAAAAUUGCAACAAAGAGUUGGCAAAUCUGCGGGACAUGCUCUCCCGAGAGCAGGAGUGGAGAGUGCAGAUAGAAGCUGAUUGCCGUAAACUCAAAAACGACAAUCAGCUAUUAAAAAAUGGAAUUCUAGAAAAGGAAAAAAAUGAACGAGAUACUAAUUUUGAAAUUUCCUCUAUUCAACGAGAUGUUGAGAAGCUAAAAUCUGCUGCAUCACGCCCUCCCACUACAACAUCAUCUCCAUCGCGGCGCCAUAGUGUGUGGCCUGUUGUAUCAUACCCAAAGAAAUGGUGACACUUUUGGAUAAUGAUCACACAACAAGACUAUUUAAUGUUGAAUGUUUUAGCAUCAUUUACGUGUGAGAGAGAGUCUCAUUUCUUUUAACUUUGCUUGCUUAAUCUGUUGUCUCUGUAUAUAUUUUAAACAAAUAGUGAAAAAUAUAUAAUAUUUCAAUGUUCUGAUUUCUGCAGACAUGGGAUUUUUAAUAAUAAAUCAAGACUUAUGUGUAGUUUUGUACUGCAUGUGGAGGAAUGCUUAUAAUUUUAAUUCAUGAAAAAAUUAAUGCUUUUAAAUCAAUAUAUAAUUUUUUUCAGUUUUUUAAAUUGAAUAUUUAAUCAUGCUAAAUUGGCCUGGCAUUCUAGACAAACAUAGAGAGGAAUUAAGCCAAGACAGUUAAAAAAACACUUAAUAAUUGACGUGAUAAUAAUAACUAUUACAUAGCAGAAUUAGUGUAUAUUUGAAAAAUUAUUAUUGUUGUCUGAAACAAAAUGACUAUACUUUAUCGGUAGCACAAGUUAUUAAUGAGAAUUCUUCAUUAAAAAACAUUUAAUUUUUUCAAUAUGAAUUAUUUACUUAUGAAUAAAAAAUUAAUAUGAAUAUUGGGCAUAUUUCAGUUUUGGUUUAAAAGAAGGAAAUUAAAAUUUUCCCUACUAAUGCGUGUGGCUGGUCCUUUUAGUUCUGUUGUAGUUACAUUUAAAAAUUUAAAUCUUAAAUUCCUGUUUAAUCAAGUUAAAUGUAAAUAAAAUUUAUAUUUGUGUUAAAAUUAUUCCAAAUAACAGAUCUCAAAUUUUAGAUUGCUCACAUUAAUUUUAGAAAAUAUUUCUUUAUGGCAAUGCUUUAUGAGUAAUAUGCCUUUUUCUAUUCACAAGUUUUGUUUAGAUUUGUGAAAUCAUUUUCUAUAUGAUUGCUGAAUACUUAAUUAAUAGUUUAGAUUUGUCGAUCAAACUAAAUUUUUUUUCAAGGAAAAUUUAUAGAAUGCUCUGAAAAUUUGUUUGCCCCCUUCUAAUAAUCUAAUUUUAUUUUUAAAUUGCUAAGUACAUUUUUGUCAGCAUUCCUCUUUAGCUUCACAAAGCUUCAUGUGUAGUCUUGAAUUUUGAAAGUAGUUUCUCCCUCUUUGUGAUAGAAAUUAGCUAGUUUUAGCUACCAAAAUGUGUGCCAGUGUACAUAAGUCAUCUCAGUUCCUGUUUUUAUGUGUGAUUUUAAACUUGCAUCAGUCUCUAGAAUAUGUGGUACAAAUGCAUUAGUUAUCUAUUUUUCAUAUGUUUUAUGAGUGAUACUGUUGAAAGCUGCCUUAUUACAAAAUGAUUUUACAUUCCAUUUUAUGUUAGUCUUUUAGCAGAAUUAUUCCAAAGUCUAGUCCAAAGAGAUUUUAUAAUUAUUAAAGGAUUUUCUUUUUUUUUAAAUUAAGAAAGCAAAGAACUGAAUAAUAAUAUUAUAAAAGUGUAAGGAAAAGAGAUUGUAGCUUUUUGUUUUGCUUAUUUUAAAAUAUUAAUUUUAGCACAAUUAAAAAAAAUAUUUUUUCCAUCAGUUAAUUUUGGUUAUUUUUUUUAAAAAAAAUAUUUUGACAUGUGCACAAAAAUUUCAAAUAAUUAAAUAUUAUUUUUGAUUUACCAUUAUGUACAUUUUUGUAAAUAACAGUUUUUUUCCCCUCAGCAUAAUGCUAUUAUGAUAAAAUUUAGCUAAUUUAAUAUAAAACUAUUAAUUAUUAAAAGCAUUACUGAUGUAUCAAGUAAUGUUUAUAAUGUAUAACUGUAUCAAGUACUUAUUUAAAUUUGCAUAUUGUUAACAAAUUUAAAAUGAGCAAAAUUUAGAAUUUUGAAAAUGUUAUUUUGAUAUAAAAUUAUUUUUGACAUGAGUAAGUUUAUGCAAUGCUAAUUUCCUGAUUCAUUAGAAAUUAAAAAUUUUAGGUUUGUGGGAAAGGUGGAUAAAGAAAAAUUUCCUGAUUCAUUUCUCAAAAUUAAUUAAAAUUCUUUUCAAAAUUAUUCAAUUCACUUAGGUUUCAUUUUGUACUUAUUUAAUUUUCAAUUCUAGUACAAAGCAGAAGCAAAAUAAUGUUAACAGAAGAUAUACUUUCAUGACAAUUUUCUGUAUUAAAAAUAUUAAUGAAGAAUAUUUAUUUUAUGCUGAGUCAUGCAAAACAUAGUUAUUAAAUCCAGUUUAAUAAUUUGAUUUUAAUUGAAUUAAUUUUAUUUGGCUAAAAAAUUGGUUGUUUCAUAUAAUUUUGAUUUCUUACUCAUGAAAGAGAUUUCUGAAAGCAAAAUUCUUGAUCCAUUUUCAAUACUCUGUUGUUUUAUUUUAUAUAAUUCUAGAUAAUAUAUAGUUAUGAUAAAAUGAUAAAGGCUACUUAUAAACUUAGAGACAAACAUUAUUUUGCUAGUUCAAAAAUUUCAUGCAUGAAAUAAAUAAGCUUGUUUGCAGAUUUAUUUUAAUCUUGUAGAUUAAAGAAGAAAAAAGAUAUUGUUUCUAUUUCCUGUAUAUUCUACGAUCAUCAUAUCAAAUGAUCUAUCAUCGUCUUCACAUAAAGAAAUAAUUGUGAUUUCAAAGUGAUGUCAAACUGUCCAUCCAUUUAAAGUAAUAAUUAGUGAAACUAAAUAACUCUUUUAGGUAGAAUGUGAUUGCUAGAUUCUUAAAGGGAGAAAUGUGUCAAAGGUGAUAAUUUUAUUUCAGAUUCAAUUUUUUAUUGUUCAAAAAUUGUUCCAUUAUUAAAAUGAAAUUUAUAUUCAGUUUUUUAAGCUUGAAUUUUCUUUUUUAUUUACUAAGUGCUUUUUGACCAAAUAUUGUAUUUUAUAUUUUUGCUUAUCUAUUUGUGAAUCUAGUCACUUUAUUUGAAAGUCGUUGUUAUUGUUGAAUUUUGUUUUUGCAUUGUCACUGUUAAGAAUAGCACAAAUUAUUUUUCAGUUCCUUUUUUUUUUUUUUUUUUUUCAGAAUAUGAUUUCUGUAAUUUUUAUUGACUUAUUCUUCUGUGUCUGUGCAGAAUGAAGAACUGUGCAUUACU